AUGACAUCUUGUAUGAACUUGCCUACUACGCCCAAAAGAAAAUAUCACUGUACCGAACAAGGAUGCAAUAAGAGUUUCACAACCAGUGGUCAUCUCGCUAGACACAACAGAAUUCACACAGGCGAAAAGAAUUUUCAUUGUCUUCAUCCUGGAUGCCCCAGCCGAUUCUCACGUCAAGACAACAUGAUGCAGCAUUAUCGUACCCAUUUAACGCAAAAGCUGCGCCGUCAAAACAUGCGUGGUCAACAACAACAAAAAAAAAAUUUGAUAGAAGAGGAGAAUCGCGCUCAACUUUAUCGCCACUCACAUCAUGAACGUGAGAAUCACAUGUCCUUGCAGCCCCUAUUGACUACGAGACCUCGCCGAUCUGUUACAAUGCCUAGUUUACCCUACCCAAACCCUAUGCUGAUUGAAUACAAGAAUCGCCCUAGACGUGCACUUUCAACCUCUUCAGAUUGCUCCACUUCAUCUUCCGCCUCUACAUUCUCCUAUUACUAUCCUCCUCCCCCUCUUUCUCCUUUGUACUUGCAACAAUCAAAGCAUGUCUUGCCUCCUCCCUCUCCUUCUCAUCCUCCUUUCACUCCUUCUUCUACUGUUCCCCCUUCUUCCGUUCAUCGUGAACAUCAUUAUACUCAGCCUCAACCAUCUCAACCAUCUCAACAACAAGAAUGGAUACCUAAUUCUCAAAAACCACUUUCAAGUCUUUUGCAUUUAGCCAACAUUGUCAGCACAUUUGGUUAA